CUUAGAUUCAUGUUUUUUAUAUUUUUUAUUUCCAAAAAUAUAGUCAUUAAAUGAACGUUGAAAAAAAGUAUGGACCUUUGAUACCUUUUUUCCCCCUUUCUGCCCAAGAACCAAAGCUAAUAUGUGUACAGAUCGAGUAAGUCUUUAUUGUGCUUUAGUGCUCGCAUACAUUUUCUAUCAUUAAUUAUCGGUUGGAUAAAAAAUUCAAUUUUUUUCAAUGAUUUUGCCGUUCAUUUCGGAAAUUUCUUACUUUUCUCUCUUUGAUCACAUAUUUAAAAAGUAAAAAGUAUCAUAACCACACUCUGAGUCAGCUACCGAUCACAAAAAAAAGCAGGAUAUUGUGUAAUUCUAGAAACCCAUUAAUAUCAGACUUUCUCUGCACGGUUACAUACUGCUCGUUUGAGAAAUACUUGUAGUAUUACAAAGUAAGACUAGGGGUUAAGAAACAACGAAACCAUAUAAGAAGGUAAGAGAAGUGCGACCAAAGGGAAAACUGUGGCUCUCAUGAGCUUCAGCACCAGUGCAAGCGAUCCAGGGCCUCAUUUUGAGUGCACAAUUCGUUUGCCCACACCUGAUUCUGCAUCAGCUAAUAUUUUGCUCACGAUCCUUAAGUACGAGCAAGGUUUGAGUGGUAUAACAAAAGAAGUAGAUGUGUGGCGAAAUGACGCUACCUUGAGUACUGUACUAAUAGUGCUUCGGGGGGCGACAAUCCGCUCCUUACGUGCAGCGGUAAGCUCGACACUAGAACAAGCAAAACUGGUGCUGCGCACUAUGAGAUUGUAUCCGCCGAAUACUCAGUGAUGUAGAACCCAAAAGAUUAUAUUUAGUGGUCAUCAAUAUUCUAUGUUUUUUUCCCAACACAACUGAUUAUUACUGGUGCUGUCACUUCUCCUUCUUUA